CGCGAGGGACGUUUUUGCCUUUCGAGCCUUUGCUUGACUUUGCUUGACUUUACGGAGGAGAUAUAUAUCGGGAUCAGAAGAGCCUCUCACCUCGAACAUCCUACUUGUUAUCCUUCGCUCGUUCCAAUGCCAUCCAGUUCGGAGCCAGAUGGCUCAAGUGCGCAGCCUCUAAAAUAUGAAAGAACCCACCAGCAGCCCGAAAACCCAUUCGCAGCGCUCAUCCCUGACCAGACGAUCGCGAUCAUUCCUUCGUUCACCCUCGAGUCCGGCGUAACCUUGCACAACGUCCCAUUAGCUUACACCACGAGAGGGGAGCUCUCCCCCAACCGCGACAAUGCUAUGGUUAUCUGCCAUGCCUUGACAGGCAGCGCAGAUGUCAGUGACUGGUGGGGUCCGCUUCUGGGCGGCCCAGGUCGGGCGUUUGAUAUCUCGAGGUUCUUUGUUAUAUGCAUGAACAGCUUGGGUAGUCCGUAUGGCAGCGCGAGUCCUGUCACAUACAAGGAUGGAAACCCCGAAAAUGGAAGAUAUGGACCCGAGUUUCCCUUGACUACCAUAAGAGACGAUGUCAAUCUUCACAAGUUACUCCUAGACGAGCUGGGCGUAAAGCAGGUUGCGGCGGUCAUAGGAGGGUCUAUGGGAGGGAUGUUGGUAUUGGAAUGGGCAUACUUCGGAAAGGACUACGUACGAUCAAUCGUUCCCAUCGCUACAUCCAGCAGACAUAGCGCAUGGGGUAUCAGCUGGGGAGAAGCCCAGAGGCAGAGCAUCUACGCGGACCCCAAGUACGACGAUGGAUACUACCCCUUCUCCGACCCUCCCACGACAGGUCUCGGAGCAGCUCGCAUGUCGGCCCUCCUCACAUACCGAAGCCGCAACUCCUUCGAAGCAAGAUUCGGCAGGAAUAUCCCCGACGCCUCGAAGCAGCAAACCAUCAGCGGGGACCAGAACCCCUCUACGCCCUCCGAGAUGCACUUCGCCAUCCACAACGACGGGCACACGCCGACCCGCUCCCCCCUCUCCCGACCCGGCAGCUCAACCGCGCUCUCCACCUUCACCGAUCCCCAAUUCCACGGCGCCACGCCCUCGCCCUCCUCGCCCCCAGCCUCUCAGCGUCCCACAUCCACCUAUUUCUCCGCGCAGUCCUAUUUGCGGUACCAAGGAUCCAAAUUCGUCAAGCGCUUCGACAGCAACUGCUACAUCGCCAUAACUCGAAAACUCGACACCCACGACAUCUCACGGUACCGCGUGUCCCCCACCGACCCAACCCCGAUCCGCAGCGCGCUCUCGCAAAUCAGCCAGCCCGCGCUGGUCCUCGGCAUCGAGAGCGACGGCCUCUUCACCUUCGACGAGCAGCAAGAACUAGCCGCUGGGAUCCCAGAUGCAAGGUUACGCAAGAUCGAUUCGCCUGAGGGUCAUGAUGCUUUCCUGCUUCAGUUCGAGCAGGUCAAUAGACAUAUUCUGGAGUUUCUAAAUGAUGUCUUGCCCGAUAUUAUGAUGGGACCUGGGAGGGUGGAAGUGGGUGCUGAGGAGGGCGUGGGUAAAGUUACGAAGAGUAGUACGUUUGGUGAGGCGGAGGUUGAUGAUAUUACGGCUUGGUAGCAUAUCUAGAUAUACAUAAGGAACCUAGCAUACCCAUCAUGAUAGCUUAAUACACGAGAUGAAGACGAGACGAGACGAGACAUCUAU